GCCGCGGAAGCGAAGCCACUUAGAGACGCCGCGCCGCUUGGGUGCUGGGGCGCGUGCGCAGGCCGGCCGCCGCCGGAGUCUUGUAUGCAGCGUCCUACGUCGCGGCUGCCUUCUCUGGAUUUGAAUUUCGCCCUUUUUUCGUUCGCUUGCCGGCGGGUUCGCGCCCCUCUCGCGUACCCCGGCAGCGAGGCUGGGGAAGGGGUUGGAGGGGGCUGUUGAUCGCCGCCUUUCAACUGUACUCGGGGCGGCCAUGUCGGCCGGCGAGGUCGAGCGCCUGGUGUCGGAGCUGAGCAGCGGGACCGGAGGGGAUGAGGAGGAAGAGUGGCUCUAUGGCGGCCCAUGGGACGUGCAUGUGCACAGUGAUUUGGCAAAGGACCUAGAUGAAAAUGAAGUUGAAAGGCCAGAAGAAGAAAAUGCCAGUGCUAAUCCUCCAUCUGGAAUUGAAGAUGAAACUGCUGAAAAUGGUGUACCUAAACCGAAAGUGACUGAGACUGAAGAUGACAGUGAUAGUGACAGUGACGAUGAUGAGGAUGAUGUUCAUGUCACUAUAGGAGACAUUAAAACAGGAGCACCACAGUAUGGGAGUUAUGGUACAGCACCUGUAAAUCUUAACAUCAAGACAGGAGGACGAGUUUAUGGAACUACAGGAACAAAAGUCAAAGGGGUAGACCUUGAUGCACCUGGAAGCAUUAAUGGAGUUCCACUCUUAGAAGUGGAUUUGGAUUCUUUUGAAGAUAAACCAUGGCGUAAACCUGGUGCUGAUCUUUCCGAUUAUUUUAAUUAUGGGUUUAAUGAAGAUACCUGGAAAGCUUACUGUGAAAAACAAAAAAGGAUACGAAUGGGACUUGAAGUUAUACCGGUUACCUCUACUACAAAUAAAAUUACGGCCGAAGACUGUACUAUGGAAGUUACACCAGGUGCAGAGAUCCAAGAUGGCAGAUUCAAUCUUUUUAAGGUACAGCAGGGAAGAACUGGAAAUUCGGAGAAGGAAACAGCACUUCCAUCUACAAAAGCUGAGUUUACUUCCCCUCCUUCUUUGUUCAAGACUGGACUCCCACCAAGCAGAAACAGCACCUCUUCUCAGUCUCAGCCAAGUUCUGCCUCCAGAAAAGCCAAUUCAAGCGUUGGGAAGUGGCAGGAUCGAUAUGGGAGGGCCGAAUCACCUGAUCUAAGGAGAUUACCGGGGGCAAUUGAUGUUAUUGGUCAGACUAUAACUAUAAGCCGAGUGGAAGGCAGGCGACGGGCAAAUGAAAACAGCAACAUACAGGUCCUUUCUGAAAGAUCAGCUACUGAAGUAGACAACAAUUUUAGCAAACCACCUCCAUUUUUCCCUCCAGGAGCUCCUCCCACCCACCUUCCACCUCCUCCAUUUCUUCCACCUCCUCCAACUGUCAGCACUGCUCCACCUCUGAUUCCACCACCAGGUAUUCCAAUAACUGUACCACCUCCAGGUUUCCCUCCUCCACCAGGCGCCCCACCUCCAUCUCUUAUCCCAACAAUAGAAAGUGGACAUUCCUCUGGUUAUGAUAGUCGUUCUGCACGUGCUUUUCCAUAUGGCAAUGUUGCAUUUCCCCACCUCCCCGGUUCUGCUCCAUCAUGGCCUAGUCUUGUGGACACCAGUAAGCAAUGGGACUACUAUGCAAGAAGAGAGAAAGACCGAGAUAGAGACAGAGACCGAGAACGUGAUCGUGAUCGUGAUCGGGACAGAGAAAGGGAACGCACCAGAGAGAGAGAGAGAGAGCGUGAUCACAGUCCCACACCAAGUGUUUUCAACAGUGAUGAAGAACGAUACAGAUACAGGGAGUAUGCAGAAAGAGGCUAUGAGCGUCACAGAGCAAGCCGCGAGAAAGAAGAACGACACAGAGAAAGACGACACAGAGAGAAAGAGGAAACCAGACACAAGUCAUCUCGAAGUAAUAGUAGGCGUCGUCAUGAAAGUGAAGAAGGAGACAGUCACAGGAGACACAAGCACAAAAAGUCUAAAAGGAGCAAAGAGGGAAAAGAAGCUGGCAGUGAGCCUGCCCCUGAGCAGGAGAGCACCGAGGCUGCACCUGCAGAAUAGACACGCAACAGCCCUUGGUGUGGAUUAGUGCCAGAAACAGAUACUAUAAAUCUUGUUAUUUUUCUGAAUAAUGUUUAAGAAUUUACCUUUAAUGUUGUUCUGUUAGUAUGAAAAAUUAACUUUUUCUCAAAAUAAAAGUAAAUUUUUCAUGUUAAGUUAAAAA